AUAUAUAUUCAUAUUUGAAACCGCGUAGCUGAAUUAUCUCAUCCUGUUCAAUUCAUUUCUUCAGAAAAUUGAUCAUCACGAUAACAUGGUUUCCGAUUAUAAUCUAUCCCCUUCGGAUGCACAUCCCGAGACUAUGGAUUUCCUUUCACUUGCAUGGUGUAACUUUGCUGUGCAAGCUCUGCAGCCUGAGCCACAACAUGGAUCAGUUGUUCUACUUGAUAAUAACUCUAUGAAGCAAUUGGAGCCUGGUAGCCCCAACCCUCUUCCUUCGAGUGCUAGAAUGGAUGGUGCGCAUUUUGGGUCAUUCCCAGCAUGGAAGUCUAAUAAUGUAAAGUCAUGGAUAUGGAUGCAGCAAGCGAUGCAUCCUGAAUUGAAUUACAACAGCUGUUUCCGAAAGAAAUGGAUGCCAUGGAAGCAGAUCAUACCACUGAAAAAUGUCUCAAUAAAGAAAUGGUUUAAGGAAAUAAAGAUGAAGAGAAAAGAAGAUCAGAGGUUGCAAAGAGCAGAGGUGCAUGCAGCAAUAUCAGUUGCGGGGGUUGCAGCAGCUCUAGCUGCUAUUGCUGCUGAAAAUUCAAAAAAUGAGUCAAACCAAGACAGAGAUGCAGCAGUGGCCUCUGCAGCUGCCUUGGUAGCUGCACAGUGUGCAAAAGUAGCUGAAGCAAUGGGGGCAAAGAAAGAACAGCUUAGCGGUGUAAUUGGCUCAGCCAUGAGUGGCACAAGUGCAAGUGACAUCCUAACUCUCACUGCGGCAGCUGCAACAUCAUUAAAAGGAGCUGCCACACUUAAAGUAAGAUCAGGAUGUAAGAACAGAUUGAAUGGGGGAGUCCCUAUCUUGCCCCUUGAAGACAACAAUGAUCUAGAUUUUGACUUUGAAAAAGGCAGAUCAAUUCUUGCACAGGGUGCUGAGUUAUAUGUAGAAACACCAGAAGGGAAGUAUAUGCCUAGAUCAGUGUCUGUAAUCCUAAACAGCGAAGCCAAGGUUGUACUUAUGAUGAGGAAGCAUAAUCUAUUCAAAAGCAAGAGGGAGGGUAUUGUAAUGACUCUGCAUGCGGAGCUGUAUCAAGGUUCAGAAGCUGAGGAUGCUGAUACGUGUUAUCUGAUUGUUUUAACUACAAGAGGAGGAGUUUUCAAGCUAGACAUGGCAGAUGAUUUCCGUCGUUACAAAACAUGGGCAACAACAAUCAAUCACAUGCUAAAAAUUUCAGCUUCUUUUGCAAAAUAUGAGCUCCAAUUUUACUAAAAUCAAUGUUAUCAGUAUCGGCACUUACCUUAUGUAUCGGUUUGCAUCUUUUGCAAAAUAUUUGUACCUAUUACAACAUAUCGUCCCUACUAUUAAAUUCAAAUUAUCUGUGGUCUGUCUAGAAUAAUUUGAAAUAAUAAGAUGAAUGAACAAUAUAUGAUGAGUACAAAUAUACCAUGUCAAAGAUUUCAUUCAAAAUUGAAAUAGUUUGUUUUAGACACGCUCUCAGUGCUUAGUGUAAAGCAAUAAUGUUCUGGGGUGGCACCUUUAAAGGGGACAGGACCAACCGGCUAACAGGUAUGUUCUAUGUGGGCUUGAGUAAUUCUUUUACCUCAAUGCACGGUGUUGUCUGAAGCUCUGUAUUUGGGACAUAAAUCAAACAAGAUAAGCUUCCCCCUUUUUCA